GAGGGAGAUGAUAGCCUGUCCAGCUACCAGCCCCUCUCUCCAGGGCCCUUUCCCCCUGUGCUUUGGGCAGAUUGAAAUAUUCAAAAUGGAGAAAAGGCAGGAUGCAAUUAAAAUCAAGGAGCUGAAGGGGAGCCUUGCCCACCUACAAAACCAUCUGGCUGAACCCCCAAUCCCAAAGCACCCAGCAGGGCACUCUGACUUGGAGAAAAACCUAAAAACUGAAACCAAGUACCUGAGAGAUGAGCUGCGGGAACAGGAGAGACUGCAGGAGGCGAAAAUGAGGCUCCGGGAGCAGGAGGUGCCAUUUCUGAAUGCUGCUGGAGCAGGUGCCCAGGAGGAGCAGUCACAGCUCUGUGAGCAGCUCCAGAAACAACAGGUGUGCUGCCAGCACCAGGCUCACCUGGUGGCCUCGGCCCUGAAGGAGCCAGGGGCAGUGGCUGCAACCACAGGGACUGGGAGCGAGUGUGGGUAUGGGGAGACCCAGCAGGCCUUGCAGGGCGCCAUCGACAAGCUGCAGGUGAGUGAGUCCUGGCAGGGACCACGAAGGGUGGGGUGGGGUAGGCCGCUGCCGAGAUGUGACCCCAUUAUUUCGGCUCCAGAAUGA